UCAUUUUCAAAGAAUGCAAAAUGGGAGAUGAUAAUCCAAGGAUCAUGCACGGUGUGAUCAUCACCGUCUACGUUGAUCGUCGAACGUCCCCUGUCCGAUCGUUUCGAGCUAGACGGAGAAAUGAAUGUACGUGGAAUCGUGAGAUUGGAAGGGCGCGUGGGUAUGAUCGGAGAGCGAAUUUGCUAGCGUAUAUUCGAGAGAUGAAAGCUGAAAGUCUAGCCGGAGAUUUGAAAGGUGACGACGACGUCGUAGAGAGUAACAUCAAACCCGGCGGAAGUUUCUUGUUAAUUUUAAAAUGGCAGAAGAAGAAACGAAGGUGGCUAAGAAAAAUUAUGAGUAAGCUCCGGCCGUUUCGUCGGAAAAAUAGGACGUGGAAGUACCGUCAUUUUGCACCAGAUGAAGAAGAAGAGGGAGAAGCAAAGAGUAAACCUUACCGUUCAGAUCUUUGGAAAAAGCUUAAACAAGUAGUUGGAGGGUUAUCACGCGGCUGCAUACGAAGUAGAAGAAACGCAUGAAGGUAAAACAAGAAUCAGGAACAGAUACUUUUGUCCGAAGUUGACAGUGAGGAGUGAGUAGUGCUGUAGUGACUACAUCUUUUGAUUCCACACAACUUUUUUUUUAAUUUUUCGUUCGGAACGGAAGGAAGAUAAUUAGACUAUAUCUUUGUAUUAAUUAAGUUGAAUUUGUAUCAAACUAUUAACACAUGGAUUAGACUAUAUCAGUAUUUUCACAACUUUUUAACUUGCAUUAUUUUCGAUAAUCUUGAUGGAUUAUCUUAUAUGCGCAUUAAUCAAGCCACCUAAAAUUCUAUUUCAGUCACUUAGUUUGGCCAUCUAAUUUUGUCCCCAAUAUAACUAUAGCCAUAGCAUUCUAAAUAUAACGGGUUUAUAGUUUGAUUAGUGGGCUCAAAGAGUCAUUUUCAUAUUAAUGCAUAGCAUAUGUAAAAACAUCACAUGCAAUUAUUACAUCCUCCUCCCUUCUUCACCAAUCAAAAUCAUACUUCUUUUUUUUUGGUUUUGUCAUAGAGCAAAUCCAACAAGAAGCAAACAGUCAUAUCGUCGUAAUCGGGUUGACGAUCUAUUUCCCCCUGAGAAGUAUCAUAUAUCACUAGAUACACACAGACUUUUGAUCCCGUUCUAUUUCCCCACAAAAUAAAAGUUCGAAUCGUAUAUC